UUUGAAAGAACAAAAUACUAAAUAAUCUUUUUAUUGAAUUAUCAGAACGUCCUCUCAUUAGCAUGGAAGCUAGUUAACAACAUGCGUGUAUUUGCUCAAUACUGUGCUUAAAAACUCAACCCUGUUACUCGUUUAAGAGCAAAAAAGGCAGUAAUGAAAACGUGUAAGAAAUGUUAAGGGUUAAAACAUUUACUGAACAAUUAAUUAAAUGUUUUAUCCGAUUUAUUCUAUACAGGACAGUUAGCUUGUACGGUUACAGUAUUCGCCCCUCAGUGUUACUCAGCGAGUGCGCAUGCUCCGUUCCGCCAGGGGGCGCGCCACACUGACCCACUACUACAUUACGCUACACUGCACCUUGUCGAGGCUCAAUCCCAAAUCAAUCUCUCUUCGCUAUCUUCACGCGCUACAUGAAGUCUGCAGUAACGGUUUCCGCACCCUACCUAGUGCACUAGAUGUGUGAUUUUGGGAUUGAACCGCGGAGGACAUUUCGGAGGGGAUUUUGAAAAGCUUGUAUGUUUAUAGAGCUUUGUUCAGGAAGUUAAACGCUUUAACUGGUUUAGCGUUAAAUGGUUUAAACCGCGAUUUAUUUUCUGUUAUUUCCGUCUCCUCCUGUAAUUACAGCGUUCUUGUAAAAGGUGAAGUGUAAUGCAGCGUGCGGUAGCAGUGCGUGAGCCGCUAGGUGCUCUCAUGCCUGGGCCCCGCCCACUGGAGGGGAAGUCCUUUUACCUGGAUGAGGUGAAGAGUCACUCGUGUGGUGUCCUCACCAAGCUCAUCAUCCGCCUCGGAGGGAACGUCGAGAGUUUCCUCUACAAGGACGUGAACGUCGUCAUCACGGGAAACAGGGACGCCCUGACUGACAUCACGGCUUCGUCGAGAAAGGUCAAAGGUCACGAUGUGGCUCAGCGCCCGGGAACCCCGAGAGCCCCGGUGUGCGGAAGCCGAGGAAAAGCCUUGUUGGAGAAAGCCAUCCGCAAUAACGAGCAGUGUCAGGGUGGUGCGUUAUCCAGUGCUGCUCGCUACUGGGGGGUGAAGAUCGUGUCUGUAGACCAGUUUAUGAAAGUUGUAGAGGAGCUGAGCUCACACCGCUCCACUCACACACACCGCAGGAGAGAGGAGAAGAAUUCGAGUGAAUGUUCGAGUGUACGUGUCGUCAAAGCUGGCAGCCUGAAGGUGGACUUUGUAAAGGUGGAGGACUCGAGCAGGAAGUACAGGCCGCUGCAUGGCCAGCGUCUGGAUUUCCCCAUGCUGAGCUACACAAGAAGAUUCAGCCCUUUUGAAAGCCCUGCCCCAGUGCAGCCUGGGAAGACGAAAGCAGACGAGCUCGGCAAAGAUCAAUCCGGAAAAAGUGAGGCACGGACCCACAGUCAGGAAAAGCCCUCGGCAAAUCCUUCCCCUAAAAUGUCACGCAAGAAGAGGAGCUCGGGCUUCUGCGAGUGCUGCCAGAUAAAGUACAAGCAUCAGGACGAGCACUUGCAGUCGGAUGUUCAUCGGCGCUUUGCGGAGGACGUGAAUAACUACGCCGUGGUGGAUCAGCUGGUGGUUGCCAUGGAAGCUGUUUUCUCGGGAUGUAAAGAUCCGCAGCUCGACGUGCUAACGACGAGGUUGUCGAGUGGCUCCGUGGCGCCGCCGUCUGAAACGGUGCGAUGGUGUAAAAGUGAAACGGAACCCGCAAGCAGCGUGGAAAGCCGACAAGAACGUGUUCGUGACUCCCCGGUUCUCCAUCAGGAGCCUCAGGAACCUCGUGUAGAUGCCCCUCCUCACACUUCCUCAGCGAACAAACUAAAUUCGACUACAAACCACGAAACCUGUAUUCCCAGUCCUCACCCACAGGACGCUCUUAUUUCAGACAGUAAACCUCUCGAGCACGCUCCUCCUUCUCCAGACGUUCACGAACCAAAUGCUCUAGAGGAGCGUGCGGAAACAUGCCCGAGAGCUUUACCGGUCCGAGAAACAUCACUAAACGAACAACGAGGUUCGUCAACUCCCAAGCGGCAUCAAGAUGACGAUACCGUGCAUGAUCUAGCUGCAUGUGCACGGGUAACUGAAAGGGAACGGGAACCCCUGGUAGAUCCCACCUCUUGCUCUCCAUCCUUCUGCUCCCUGCCAUCGACCGCAACAUUUUCAGAAGGCGUGAACCCCAGGAAGCGCAGCAGAUCCUUUACCCUCAGCCCAAAGGCCUCAAAGAUGAGGCGGACUAACCUGUGGUCUGAUCCAGCCACUCAGAACUGUGGUGUCAACGUCAGAUUCGACGACGUACACAGACACGUGAUCGGCGGACGCACAGAGGCUAAUGACGUUAUUGCACGUAAGCUCGAAACCGCAGAAAAACCAUCACUCGUCACCACGGUAACUCCAGAGGAUCGCUGGUCUUUCCAGGACGAUCAGCAGGUCUCUGAAACGUAUCCAGACGCCGCCGCCCGUGACGUCUCGUCGGAACUCGGUCCUCCUCAGCUGUACCCUUUCUUCCACGACGACGUCUACCAAAAUCGGCUGCCGUUCCUUGACCCUCCUCAACUCGCCCCUAGUGUUCCCUUUCCUUCUGCGAAUACGACCUCCAGCGCUUCACUACCGUCUCCGUCGCUUUCGUCCACCCGCAUCGAGUCCGCGCUUGUCCCGGACACGUUUUCCCCCGCUUCUUCCGAAUCGGAUUGGGAUUCCGGCCUCCUGUCGCGGUUCGCGCCGCCAGUUCACCUCCAGCCCAAAGGGGGUCGCUGUGAGCUGGACUUGGGUUUGCUUCUACAAAGUUCGUGCGCCGGGACGCAGGACGGAAGCUACGCGUCGCACCUGUGUUCCGUGUUGCAGCCCGCCGUUGCAGUGGGAGAUCCGAAUACCAUCUACUGGCCGAUGGAGACCGUGGACAGGCGGAUAAUUCAGAGCCUGGGAGUGUAGAUGGAGCGCAGUAAUAAUAUUGAUCCAAAUCCUGCUGACGGAUUUGCAGAGCAGCAGCCCUUAGGACACGUUAGACUCUCCUGGGGGCGUAAACAUGUUUGCUAGGUUCAAGGUCUGCUUUGUAAACAACCACCACACCGAAGGUUCUUGACGGCUGUAGGUGUACAGCGCGCUACGUCGCACUCCGUCGAGUCAUAGCUUAGGUUUGCUUCACGUUGUGUUAGCCUGUGAAGUGUCGUGAUCUCCUCAAAGCAUUUAUACUUGAGAGCCUUAUCAUGCUAGCUAGCACACAUAACUCGGGCGUUAUUGAGCAUUAGCGUAGACUGUUCAGGAAUACGCUCUCCACAUCUUCUCUGCCUUUCGGUCAUCAUAAAACGUCUUUUCACGAGCAGCGCCCGGGAGAGCGCGUAUUUAAUGAAGUACCGCUGCGGGGGGGGGAGGGGGGCGUCAGGCAAUUAGCUUAAGUGCUGCACCUGGACGUGUUCCCGCUAAUACGGUAGUGGAUAAAGUGAAGUGGAGUCAGUGCUGGACUCCUGGACAGGGCAGAGAGGAACGGUGACCGGGGAAUACGUCGGCGUAAACGCACCGGAUUUUUGAGGAACUUUUUUUUAUGAAGCUCUACACACACUCUUUUAAAAAUACUACUGCUAUUUUUUUUGUUUGUUUGUUUGUUGUUUUUUUUUGCUGUCAAUCAAAAGUAUUUACACAAACACUUUGGCCGCAGGCGUGAAAUAAACAUCUGCCGAAUCUUUUCUGAGCUUUUCUUUCUUAAGCUGAAUCCACCACGCUGAAGGAGCAGGACCACUCGUCACGCGUCUCAACACUGUUUUUACUUUUUUAAACUUUCCACAUCAUGUCUUUAGGUUUAUUUUGAUUCAUUUAAUUAGAAAUUUUAUUUUAUUUUAUUUCUUUUUGUCUGGGAAUCUUUUAUGAUGUUCACUAAAACUUAAACCUGGGUUGCUUUUAUGAAUUAAAAAAAAAAAAUUUGCUCAGUAAGAGUGUGUAGCUUGACUCAUUCACUAAGCCGCUGGCUUGAGGUGUGUGUGUGUGUGUGUGUGUGUGUGUGUGUGUGUGUGUGUGUGUGUGUGUGUGUGUGUGUGUGUGUGAGAGAGAGAGAGAGAGAGAGACAGACAGACAGACAGACAGACAGACCGAACGACCGACCGGAUCAACCAGAGGUCACACAUCUACAUUACAGUAAGAAAUUGAUUAUUUAUUUAUUUAGAUUUAAGCUUUGACUGUUUGUUCAUUUCCCAGAAGGAAGUCAUCCUCGGAAUGAAGCGCUCUACAUGCGGUUCUACAUGGAACCUUUUAAGAGUUCCACUUAAAGUCCCCCUUCACGCAAACCUGCCGUACCUUAGUGAACUAGUUAUACAGAGCGUUUAAAUGUUUAACAAGAGCCUUUCACUGACGCAUGGAGACCCUCUGAUGGUCUCCAGCUGCUGCUGUAGA